AUGACAAGUACCAACACAUGCAGUUUCUGCAACUACACGCCAGCUCGUACCGUUAAUGCUGGAGCUCAUCGUGUCGGGAUUAGCACUGAUGAGGUUGUUGAGUACUACUCUAAAUGGUCGCAUGACGGGAAAUAUGAACAGGAUUUAUGUCCCGAGUGGUACAAGGGACCAAGCAUUGCUGCAGAUGUCGUGGCUGAAUACUUCCGUCACAACGUCUCUCAUGUGAAUAUCCUCGACGUUGCCGCGGGAACGGGUCUUUUAGGCGAGCAGCUUCAGGACCGAAGAUUUAAGCAUCUGGAUGCUCUAGAACCAGCGGCAGGGAUGUUGGAACAAGCCAGGAAGAAGAACAUUUACACCAAUCUCUACUGUGAGUUCCUGGACGGCAACCGUCUCCCAAUAGAUGACGAUAUGUACGAUUGCUGUGUAAUAUCCGGUGGUAUGGGAGAAGGACACAUCCCAUGUGAUGGGUUACACGAACUCAUUAGAAUAACCGAACAAGGAGGUCUGAUCUGUAUAGUGAUGUGUGAGGACUACCUGUACGAUGUCACGGAGUACAGGGGCAGGCUGGAAAAGCUGAUGCAGAAACUAGAGGAUGAUGGGAAAUGGAAGAAACUCUCACGUGAUGUCGUGCGUCAAUACUGUUUUAACCACAACGGAGUUAUUUUUAAUUUUAAGAUAUGCUAAUACAACAGAAAAUGUUGACGUUCAUUCGAAAACGUUUCAACUUGUUUUAUGGAAAUAAAAACAUUUUCUUCGGAGAAGGAAA